CUGCAUCCCACCCGUCGCCCCCACGUCAAGUUCCUCAUCAAGGUGAGCCCCGUUAUCAGAGGAUCACGUACACAUCAUCAUCACAAGCUCAGUCGCUGACUUCCCGUGUCUAUCCAUCAUCUUUGCCUUUCACUCGAUCCUCUUCGAACUCCCUUCCAUUUACCUCUUAGCACAAUGGGCCGAUUCACCGAAUACCUUGUCGUUGGCCGUAGGCUGCCUACCGAGCAGGAGGCCGAGCCCCCUCUUUACCGUAUGCGCCUCUUUGCCCCCAACGAGACCAUCGCAAAGUCGCGAUUCUUCUACUUCUUGCGUCAGCUGAGGAAGAUGAAGGCUGCCACCUCCGAGAUCGUUGCCAUCCACGCCAUCCAGGAGAAGAAGCCCAUGAAGGUGAAGAACUUCGGUAUCUGGCUGCGAUACAACUCGCGAUCUGGCACUCACAACAUGUACAAGGAGUACCGAUCGAUGAGCCGAGCUGAGGCCGUCGAGGACAUGUACCAAGACAUGGCUGCUCGUCACCGUGCUCGUUUCGGAUCCAUCCACAUCCUCAAGGUCACUGAGAUCGAGAAGGAUGCCGACCUGCGACGACCAUACAUCAAGCAGCUCCUCACCCCCAAGCUGCGCUUCCCUCUGCCUCACCGACGCCCCACAUCGGCUGGCAUCUACGCUGCUCGCCGCCCUGCCACCUUCUACUAAGCAUUGGGUCUUUUGUUGGCUUGGUUUGGUUUGGUAGUUAGUUGUCAUCAUCAGCUGAUGGUUGGAGUGGGCCAGGAGAGCUACGUACGCCAGUGAGCGUACUGUAGUAGGCAUCCGACGGGGAGCUAGCCUGAUUGGCAUCCCUCGAACAUGCCUGUCCAACCUCAUUGUUUUUCUCUCCUGUGCAUGCGGUUCAUUCUCCCCUUGUAAACUCACCUUCUCACACUCC